AGGAUAUGCCAUUUUCGCAUUUUCACAUGCGAGAGUAGUGGAUGAAUUGGAUGAGAAUGAAAUUCUACAAAAUCAUCCCUAAUUUCUCACAUAAAUUCGCGAAAGCCGAACAUAGUAGGUAUCGUUUGAAUAAGCGUCGUAGCAGUUUGUAUAGAGCCGCCGGCAGCUGUUUGUAAACAAUACCGACAGCAAUUCCAAUAUGACUGAAAGUGCAUUUCAUAUGAUUGUUUCACCUGGUAUUUAUAGAGGCGCCUUGGUUCAAGGAAAGUGAAGUGGAAGGUAAAACGUAAUGUCAGAAUUGCCAUUCGGACUAUUCCGUAAGUUUGAACUUAUUUACAUAGAUGGUAUCCAAACAACACUAAACAUUGACUACAGUUUCGCCGGCACGGUUGAUUGCCGUUAUGAACCAGCACAAAAAACAAAGCUGCAAAUUAUGCGCCAGUGGCGGUACCACGAUCAAAGCAUUCCCUGAAGCAUAUGCAUAAACGUUACUAGGUUACUAUUUUCAACGACAACUGUUUAUUUAUUAUAUUGAUUCAAAUACCUUCGACGAAAUCAAAUAUAACCAUACCAACUUACACUGGCGAAGAACAGGAAUAAAAAGACAGAAACAAAAACAGCUGUUUCGGGCGUUCAGAGAGAAUGUCAGAUGUAUUUAAAGGAAACCGUUUAUUUCCGCUAAUGUAGUGUUAUUGGACGUGAAAUAUUUAGGUCUACAUACAAAACAGUUGAUUGCACAAGGCCUAAAUGAAAACAUAUAUCCUUUGUAAUACAGAUUUCUUUCAGCGCGUAGUAAUAACGUUAGUUGUGCUCCAAGGAUAGUACUUUAAUUACAAAAAUUGCACAAUGUACCCUCAAAGCUCCCAAAAAAAGUAUUGGACCUUUAAAACUGAACAGGAACUGGCAGACUUACGUGCAAAACAAAACUGCAAUUUCGUCACAAUACAUGGGUCAUCAAUGACGGAUCAACAAAAAAUUGCCUUCUUUCUCUCAAUGGACGAAGAACGUCUCUUAUUGAAACAAUACGAACUACAGUUGAAAGAAUUUUGCAAACGAUUCGAGCCACCCAUGCCCAAAUAUGUUGUUGGAACGGCUUUCCACUAUUUCAAAAGGUUUUAUCUAAAUAACUCCUCUAUGGACUAUCACCCGAAAGAGAUUCUGGCCACUUGCGUGUAUCUUGCUUGCAAGGUCGAAGAAUUCAAUGUAUCUAUCGGUCAAUUUGUGGCCAAUAUUAAAGGCGAUCGAAGUAAAGCAAUGGAUAUCAUUUUGUCGAAUGAGUUAUUACUGAUGCAAGAAUUGAAUUACUACCUUACCGUUCAUAACCCAUUUCGACCAGUAGAAGGUUUUCUGAUAGAUAUAAAGACCCGUUGCAAUAUGAACAAUCCAGAUCGACUACGCCCGGGUAUCGAGGAGUUCAUAGACAAGACGUUUCAAACCGACGCAGUUUUGAUGUACGCCCCGUCUCAGAUCGCCCUCGCUGCGGUUCUACAUGCCGCGAGUAAAGAACAAGAAAAUUUGGAUAGCUAUGUCACGGAAUCACUGUUUGGAGGAGCGAAAGACAAGCUUUCUGUUCUAAUCGAAGCAGUUCGGAGGGUACGAUCAUUGGUACGUACGAUAGAACUGCCCCAAAAGGACAAGGUUCGUUCCCUCGAGAAGAAGCUGGAAAAGUGCCGUAAUCAGGAAAACAAUCCCGACAGUCAGAUAUAUAAACAACGUAUGAAGAAAAUGUAUGAAGAUGAGGAUGACAUCGAGCUUAGUUCUUCAUACAGUAUGAACACCACCGAUAUCAGUCUGGAUAUUUCACAACUGAAUAGUACUAAUCCUGCCAAUAUGUCCAUAGAAUAAUUCCAUCAUUUACACUUUUGAUUAAGUUUGUACAAAUAUUAAGAAAGAAGUCGUUGGAUUCAUUGUUGGACUGCGUUAAUAUAAUUAUAACAGGAAACAUCUCUCGUGA